AUGGCACUGAGGAACAAUAUGUUGAGCCUCAAGACGAUUGGGGACUGUAUAUAUUCUGCGUCAGUGAGGAUAGAAGGGGGGAAGACUUGCUUCAACUUGCUAAGUGGUGGAUCACGGAGGCUCGGCGUACACUCCAGUAGCGGAGUGUUUUUCCGCCCAGGUUCCGACUUGGAGACGUACGGCAGAACGGGAAUCGGGUCUUCUAGCGCCAGGUGGGUCGACGCACACAUCGAGGCACGCAACGUAGUUCGGGGCGAAGUGAUCAAUCGACUCACGCUCUCGGCCGACACGAUGUAUCUGAUCGGCAGCGGGGUCGACACGGAGCUAACGGGGGUCCGAGAUUCAAUCCCCCAAUGCACCAUUUCCCCUUAUGCUAAAUUUGUCAAGAUCGACUGGUGGCGAAAGAUCGCAGAAGAAGCUGGGAUCACUCUUAACAUCCUUGAGGAAUAUGGAAGACCAGAGGCAGUAAUACUACAAAGAGAUGCUUCCGGAAAUUGGGAGACGGGCCCCAGCUGUAACAAAAGUGAUAUUGAUUGUCCGGAGUGUAAGGACUGCUCAGAAGGGAUUGUUAGACAUGCUGGCCGUUGUGGUUUCCUGUCUGAGGAGGAAGAAGGCAGGUUCGCUGUCUGUGUAGUCCCGGAACAUGCAAUGUUUGAAGCAAAAGCAACUGGUGGCAGAUAUAUGGAAGGAAGAUAUAGGAAAAGGUUAAUUAUGAGGGCCAUUAAAUUGAUCAAAGUGCUCAGAUGUCAUGUGGCAGAUCAAGUGAGAGCCUUAUCCAACACUACUGGAUUGAAGAUGGAAGAGGUGAUUAUGACUAUGACGAGGAUGGGCGAGGUCAGGAGAGAGUUUGCAGCCGCUAAUCUAUGCUUCCUGCUAGAUAGUACCAUGAACGGGGCGCUCGUCCAAAAGUCUCCAGUCCCGGUUACUAUUUUGCAGGGUUCGACUUGGAGACACAGCGGCUCGACCGAGAACCCAGGGAUGAUCAGCGAAAUUACGGGAGUGGCACCUGUAGGCACGGUAACGGAUUACACCUUCCACGAACGCAGGACAGGGGAUCCAGUGCCUGAGGCCGACGGCGGGAGCGAUCUCAAAGCGGGCACAGACUCUAACGCCGUUUCUGGAGACUCAGUAACUGUACCAACACUUAACGGGGUCAAAUGGGCUGCAUGAACAGAAGCUGCGGGAUCUGUACGCGACACUUGAGAAGGCACGAACGGUAUACUACGUGCACCAAGUGGCGAUCGAUCAAAUAUAUAAUAGGGCAGCAGAGGACAAGGUGACAGGCAGGGACCUGGACUCUCUUAUUGACGCUUUUCGCGGAGGAAGCACCGAGGGCAGACAAGAAUACGACACACAAUCAAUGCUAUGCACGAAGUGAAUGACGCCAGAUCGCUGCUCGAUGUAGAGUGGUCUGCGGCUUAGUGCAGUAGAGUUUCUCCGAGGCGAUCUGGGCGGCAUGAAACCACUAGGGAAAUUCAGUUUUAGAAUCGGAGUGUGCAUAGCACAUCAACGCAGCCAUGGCUGCGUUGAUGUGCUGUGCAGAUUUGUGAUUUGGUACAUGUUCUGGUGCUACUCCCAAGGGGUGGUGCCUUGGGAGCGAUCGUGCGUUUGAUACGACACAAAACGCCGUGUUGGCAUGCUUUAAUCGCAAAAAAGUACGAAUCAAUUUGCGAUUGGUGAUUUCCGGAGUCUUCACUGGAAGACUCUGGAAAUCACAAAUCGCAACAGAUGGUCUUUGAAGUUUUUAGGGUUGGCCACAGCCCAUGCCGUAAAAUGCGCGUAGUAGAUGGUGCGGCGCACAGAUACUUGUCGGA